AUGUCGAGCAUCUCCAGAACCGCGAACCUUCUCCUGCGCACCAGCAGAUCUUCUCUGCUGCGGCCCCGUGCUGUCAACCCCGUUCACCAUGUUUUCACCAAGGACAGAAUGUCUGCCCGUGGUCUGGCAACCGCUUUCGAGCGUACCAAGCCUCACGUCAACAUUGGUACCAUUGGUCACGUCGAUCACGGCAAGACCACUUUGACUGCCGCCAUCACCAAGCACCAGGCCUCCAAGGGUCUUGCCAACUUCCUCGAGUAUGGUGCCAUUGACAAGGCUCCUGAGGAGCGUAAGCGUGGUAUCACCAUCUCUACCGCCCACAUUGAGUUCCAGACCAACGACAGGCACUAUGCCCACGUUGACUGCCCCGGUCACGCCGAUUACAUUAAGAACAUGAUUACCGGUGCUGCCAACAUGGACGGUGCCAUUGUUGUCGUUGCCGCUUCCGAUGGUCAGAUGCCCCAGACCCGUGAGCACUUGCUCCUGGCUCGUCAAGUCGGUGUCCAGAAGAUUGUUGUCUUCGUCAACAAGGUCGAUGCUGUCGAGGACCCCGAGAUGUUGGAGCUUGUCGAGCUCGAAAUGCGUGAGCUCCUGAGCAGCUACGGAUUCGAGGGUGAAGAGACUCCCAUCAUCUUCGGUUCUGCCCUCUGCGCCCUCGAGGGCCGUCGCCCUGAGAUUGGUACCGAGAGAAUCGAUAACCUCAUGGACGCCGUUGACACUUGGAUCCCUACCCCCCAGCGUGACCUCGACAAGCCUUUCUUGAUGUCCGUUGAGGAAGUCUUCUCCAUUGCUGGCCGUGGUACCGUUGCCUCUGGCCGUGUCGAGCGUGGUCAGCUGAAGAAGGACACUGAGGUCGAGAUCGUCGGAGGAUCUAAGGACGCCAUCAAGACCAAGGUUACCGACAUUGAGACCUUCAAGAAGACCUGCGACGAGUCGCGCGCUGGUGACAACUCUGGUCUCCUCCUCCGUGGUAUCCGCCGUGACGAUGUCCGUCGUGGUAUGGUCAUUGCUGCCCCUGGCAGCACCAAGGCCAACAGCAAGUUCCUCGUGUCCAUGUACGUCCUGACCGAGGCUGAGGGUGGUCGUCGCACUGGUUUCGGUGCCAACUACCGUCCCCAGGUCUUCCUCCGUACUGCUGACGAGGCUGCUGACCUCAGCUUCCCCGGUGAGGACCAGUCUGGCAGAGUCAUGCCCGGUGACAACGUCGAGAUGGUUCUCUCCACCCACCGUCCUGUUGCCGCCGAGGCUGGCCAGCGCUUCAACAUCCGUGAGGGUGGCCGUACCGUCGCCACUGGUCUGAUCACCCGUGUCGUUGAGGAGAAGAAAUAA